UCUUAUAGGUCACGAGUAAACACACGCUGAAUCUCUCAGAUUGGCGUGAAUUCCUUAAAAUAUGCCAAGUUUGUAGGGUUACUACUUGUAGUUUUUUCCGGCCGUUCAGGCACUUUUCCCCUUAAAAUGAUUAAGAACCGUAAUCGCUUUGCUUGCUCCCAUAAAGUUUUAUUUUGGUUUCAGUUCGUCAAACUUUUUAUCGCGAGUUCGACAAUGUAGUUUUAUUACUCAAUUUUAUGUUUAAUCAAAUUUUAUCAGUUUCAAGAUACAGCAUUUUUUAUUUAUUUCGAGGCUUAGUUUAUGUGAAUUUUAUCUUAACUACUUUUGAAACUGGAUUUUGCUAAGGAUUCGCUGUUUACAAUUGUGGAAAAUGAAUAAAUAUUUAGAUGGAACAAAAUCUUAAAGAAAUAAAAGCUCUACCAGAUGACUUCAGUUUUCCAGUUUCAUUAAGUGAUGUUAAAACAGAAGAUGUAGCCAGUAGUGAUCUUAGUUAUCUUGCAAUAUCAACAUCCCUGCCAAAACUAAAUAAAACUUAUGAAGCCUGUAAGAAAGAGAAUGAAUCUGAGAAAAUUUGCCAAGAUCUUAAAUAUCAUGAUAGGGAAAGCUAUGUGUCACAAAGAGACCGCAAAAUAGGUAUUGGUCUUUUUAAUAUCAAUGAGAUUGAAGAUUUACCACCAAGACAUAAAAAGAAAGUUGUUUCAGCUUAUGAGAAAUUAAGAUCAUAUGAGAUUUAUUUGCUAAGUAAGAAGUCUGAGUCUAAUGCCUCUAGUAUAUCACCUCCUCCAGGAUUUUUUGAUCCUAAAACUGAUCGUGAUAGUACUUGUUUAGUAUCUAAAUCAACCAAAAACCUGAAUAACUCCAUUUCAAAUUUGCCAAAAGUAAAAGAAACUCAAGAACAUUCUUUUAACAAUAUGCUUACAGAAUCUCAGAGUGAUAAGUUUAGUAACGACCAUAUUUAUAAUACAUCAAAACCUAAAUAUACGAACAACAGUUGUGAAAAUAUGCAUCAAGAAAAUCAUUCUCAAAUAAAGAUGAAAACACGACGUUUUGAAUCUCAUAAAAAGUCAACAAAUAACUGUGAUGCUUUUAACACCUUAGUUCCUAGUGACAGCGCUAUGCAAUCUACACAUCACAAACAUAAAUGUUCAUUAAAAAACUGUGAAACUGAUCCUGACAUUGAUCACAUAAGAGAUGGCUCUGAGAAGUCAGCAGUAUCUAUUGACCGUAGAGAAAGGAAUAAUCAUUAUUUUCAUGCAAAUCAUGUUUACAAUCCGUCAACACAAUAUGGUGGACAGAAUGAAGACUUAGAUGUAAAAAAUUGUGAGGAUUAUGAAAAUAGUAAGAAAAAUAGUAAAUUAAAAGUUAGUAGAGAUACUAAUUUUCAAAGCAAAAAUGAUCGGUCAAACCUUAACAGAAACCACUAUAGAACUCAGAAAUCUAAGUCAAAAUAUUCUAUUGGUGAAACAAACCAAAAUUCAAAACAGUAUACAACUAAAGAAAGUAAGCAUGAGGAAUCUUACCAUAGCUUUGGUUGUGAGGAUACUAACUUAUCAUUUGCUACUGAAAGUAAUUCCGAUAAUGCUAAAAAAGAAAGUAGUCAUUAUGAUAGUGGCACAUUUAGCAAUAGGUCUAACCUUGCCAAUAAAAGUACCAAGCAAACUUCUGAAACUAUCGAUUUAAAAAAAAUAUAUUCAGAUAAAGAAUGUUAUAGAUCAAAUCAUUCUCGGAAUGAAAAGUUUGAAGGGAAAUGUUUAAAUUUUUAUCAAAACCCAGAUACAAACAGGGGAAUUCCUUGUCGAAAAAGGCAUUCAAGCGAUUUAUCAAACACUUCUUACUCUGCCUUAAGUGACAAAAACUUCAAAGGUAAAUGUAAUUAUGAGCAACAGUCAACAUAUUCUGAUCAGAAAGAUGAAAAUUUUUACUCUCAAUCAGCAAGUCAAAAAACUCGUCCUUCUAAGCAAGGUAUUUUAAGUUCAGACCUUUCUCAAAUUUUCAGGGACAUCGAUAGAGUUAAAGCUAGAGAAGAAACAAAAAUUGAUGCCAAAAGAAUGCUUAGGGUUAAAGAUGAAGGAUUUUUCUUGCAUAUUUCUAUAUUUGAGCCUUCUAAUAGUUUAGAAAUGUGGGAAACAUUUUUCAAAAAACAUCUCAAAAUGGAAAAUUUUGAAGUGAGUAAGUGCUGUGAUUUUACUGAGUCUGUAAUUCUUAGUUUUAAUAAUAUUAAAAAUGCUCAUCAAGCUCAUUUUCUACUUUAUAAAUUAAAACAUAAAACGAAAGAUACUUCUAAGCGCUUGAUUAAAUCUUUGAGUAGUAUUAAGAGACAUCUGAUUAAACCUUGUAUGUGUGAAAAUGAUGUUAUUGAGCAUUGUGAUAAAUAUUUUGAUGAAUUUGCUGCUAAAUAUAUCAGUAUUCAAAAAGCGAAAAUCAAUGCAGUUAUAGGUGAGUUAAAUUCAUUACAGAUUUCAAAGUCUAAUAUUGUCAAAGAGGAAAAAUAUUUAAGCUUAAAAGAUACUCUUGAUAAUUUAAAAGCUAUGGAGAUAGUAUUUCUAAACUGUUUAAGGAAGACUAAGAACGCUGCAGAGAAGUUAAAGAAAGUUGAAGUUGAUGGUUCUAUGUCGGACUUCAUGGAAUUAAAGCUAAAUUUUUGUAAAGAAUGUAACUCUUUCGAGAGAGGUUUACCUAUAUAUUCUCAAAAAGAUGUUAUUCUCAAUGCCAUUAGAAACUUUCCUGUGACUGUUAUUGUUGCCGAAACUGGGUCAGGAAAAAGCACACAGUUAACUCAAUAUCUUUGGCAAACUUAUUUUGUUAAUUAUGGUUCUAUUAUUUGUACUCAACCUCGAAAAAUAGCGGCAAUUAGUAUUACUAAGUUUGUAAGUACUCAAAUUGGAUCUUCAGUUGGAAAAGAAGUAGGAUAUGAUGUUGGAAUUGAAAAGAAGUUUGACAAUUCAACUAAGAUUAUUUAUAUGACUGAUUAUGCCUUAUUGAGAAAAUGUUUACGAAAUAGAAACUUAAGAGGAAUUUCCUCUGUUAUUAUUGAUGAAGCUCAUGAGCGAACUCUUUAUACAGAUUUAUUACUUGGCUUGUUGAAACAGUGCUUAGCAUGUAGACCUGACUUGAGAAUUAUCAUAACUUCAGCAACUAUAAAUCCCUCUGUAUUUAUUAAAUAUUUUAAUCUACCUGAUGGUGCAGUUAUAAAUGUUCCUGGGCGUGCACACCCCGUUAAAGUAAUCUGGUCUGAGCAUAAUAUAAGUGGAAGAAAUACGUAUGUAAGCGAAUGUGUCAAAACUGCUGUUCGGGUGCACAAAAGAGAACCCAUUGGAGAUAUUCUAGUGUUUUUGACAUCGCCUGCAGAAAUCGAUGAAGCUAUUUUAUUAUUUAAGGAAAUGUGUGCUAAAGAGAACAUGUCAGAACUUAUGAGUUUGCAUGGUAAAUCGGAUGUAAAAGAUCAAAUGCUUGUUUUUGAAACCAAUACUAAUGGCAAGCGUAGGAUUAUUUUUGCAACAAAUGCUGCUGAGACUUCAUUAACUAUUCCUGGCAUUAAAUAUGUAAUUGACAGUGGAAUGGCUAAAGAGAUGAUAUUUUACCCAGAAAAAAAUAAAAGUUGCUUAAUGCCAACUUUAAUUAAUAAAAGUUCUGCUGAACAGCGAAAAGGUAGAGCUGGACGCACACAACCAGGUGUUUGCUAUCGUCUAUACAGUAAAAAGGAUUACGAAAGUAUGCCAGAAAGAGCCCUUCCAGAGUUGCUGAAGACAGAUUUACUUAAUGCAUUAUUGAAAGUUUAUGAAUUUGGUAUUAAACCCAGUAGCUUCGAUUUUGUUGAAUCUCCAUCAAAAGAAGCCAUAGCAAGCUCAAUCGAAUCAUUAGAGGUUUUAGAAUUGAUUGAAAAUAAUGAAUUAACUGAGUUAGGAAAGCAAGUUGUUCAACUUUCUAUUGAACCUAGACUUGCUAAAUUUAUUCUAUUAGGUGUUGAAUCUGGCAUGGGUCAUGAAGCUGCUAUAAUUGCAGCUCUAGUUUCUGAAGCGGGAAGAAUAUUUUUAAAAUUUGAUGACAACAAGGAAAUAGCUGAUCAAAGGAAAAAAAAAUUCUGUCAAAAAAACGGUGAUCUAUGUACUUUUUUAGAAAUCUAUAAAAGAUGGCUAGAAGUGCCCCAAACAGAUCGAUUUAAUUGGUGUGUUUCAAACUAUGUAAGCUCCAAAGCAUUAAACUCUGCUCGCAAGACUGUCAAAGAUAUUUUAUUCACUCUGCGACAAGAUCUUGGCAUCAAAGUGUCAAGUCGAUAUAAUAACUUAUCAUUUAAAGAGAAUUUUGAAACAAUUCUUUUUAGCAGCUUUAUUGAAAAUUUAUGUAUAUAUUCAGGGCAUCCUUCCUUUGGGUAUCAAUCUCCUAACUUCAAAGAAUCAUUAUUUAUUCAUCCUUCCUCAUCAGUGAAAAAUCUCAGAUUAGAACCUCCUAAAUUUUUGGUUUAUACAGUUUUUAUGGAAACUACAAGAAAUUUUAUUCUUGAUGUUACACCCUUAAAAGAAGAAACAGUUAAUAAGGCAUUUUCGAAAGGUAAUUAUGCAUUAACUGUUAAGGAUCUAAAACGACUACAAAUUCCACCUAUAACUUUGGGACCUUUUGGAGAAAAAAUUCUGUCUCGUUACAUUUUAGGUAAAGGUGGCGCUGUAAUUAAUAAUAUUAAGUAUCUGUUAGAAAAAUUAACUAAAAAUAAACAUUUUAGAAUUGACAUUUGUAGAGACAAGGGAUUAGUUAUUAUUCAUGUUGAGGAAAAAUUUCAUGAAAAAGUGUCUAAUUUUAUUCAAGAUAUCGUGAAUGAUGCAAGGAAGGAAAUGGCAAAAGAAACUGAUGUCAUCAAGAUGGAUGAUGGAUUUUAUUACUAUUGUUUAUCGACAGGUGGAUUGAUUCAUGAUAUAGUAAUGCCUGGAGAAUUUCGUGAAAUUAUAAUUGAACAAGUUGUGAAAAGUUUGUUAAGUGAAUUAGAAUCGAUGUUAAAAAAGUGUGGUCCUAUUCAGACCUUUGAGAUAAAUACUUUAAAAACUAAUAAACAUAGCAUUAAUGUGACAUAUUUAACUGUUGCUGAUGCCCAAAAUGCUCUUAGAAGUUUGUAUAAAAAUAACAAUAAAGGUAUUCAAGUUCGAAAUAUUGUUACUGAACAAGUCAAUAACUCUUCUAAACCUGCAUAUAAACUUAAGUUUACAUGGCCUCGUUUGCUUGGAAAAGGUACCGGCUCCAUAUUUUUCUCCUCUGCUGAGGAUCGUGUGAUGGUUUCUGGAAAAUUAUCUUCCAAAUCUUUGUAUGUUGAUAGCAAUCGUAUCUGUGUAUCACCCUCUCAAAAUGAACUCUCCCUUAAUUUGAAAAAUAUACCUCCAUCAGCAAAUGAAAGACUGUUGCAAGAAAAAAUAUCAGAGGCACUUCCACAUUUCUUAAGGAAGCUUGUAAAAAGAGUUGAAAUAAAUCGAAUGGACACUUUAGCUGUUGCAGAAAGUGAUAUCAUUAAGAUUAAAGACCAAUUGUUUCAAAGCUUAAGUAGGUUCACUCCACCUAGUAAAGUAAUGGUGGAUGUAAUGUCCCCAAUAGCUACUUCCAGAAACUAUGAAGCCUUUGCUUAUUUCAGUUGUGCUGAAGAUGGAAAAACUGCAUAUCAGCAAUUAAAUGAUACGUUGAAGGUUAAUAAUAUUCCGGUAACUAUUUUGGAGACAUUGCAGUCACAGGUCAAAUGCAAAGAGUAUGUUUAUGAUUUUCUACAGAGGGAUAUACACAGUGUUAUCAAGCAACAGGAAGGAAGGGUUAAGGUAACAAAAUUGUCUGAUUCUUUCGAGGAUCAAGUCAUUAUUGAAUUUUCUUGUAGAAGUAUUGAAAAACAUUACAUCAUAAUUAGAGAGCUUUUGAGACUGAUACAUGGCCGUAAAGUGGAAUGCCAUGGUAUCAGAAAGUAUUUUCAUCUCUUCACUGAUAGUGGUAAAAAAGUAUUGGACAGAAUCCAAGCUUGGACAAAAACUCUAAUCGAAUGUGAUACUGAGAAAAAGAUUGUUUUCAUAUAUGGUCACAGUGAAAUGUGUUUUAGGGCUGAAGCAGAAAUUCAUUCGUACAUUGAAACAGCGAAGUUACUCAAGACUAAGAGGUAUGAUCUGAAAAGCUCAGAUAUACCACCAGGAUUUUUGAAAGAACUUUAUUUUAGGUAUGGAUGGGAUUUGUAUGGUUUGAUCAAAAAAUUUGAUUUAAAAGCAGCAAAGGUUGAUGCAGAAUUUGGUAACCUUACAAUUGAAGGAGAAGUUCUUAAAAUUAAAAAAGUUGAGGACCAUUUAGAAGAAAUUUGUUCCAAGCUUCAUUCAAAAAAGACGAAUGAAGGAGAUAUUGGGUUUGGUAUUUGUGCUAUUUGUCUAGAUUUCAUGAAAUUUGAUUAUUAUCGACUUGAAAACUGUGGUCAUUCUUUCUGCAAAUCCUGUCUACUUUUACAGCUAGAAAGUAAGAUUAUUCCUGUGGCAUGUGCUCAAGUGAAAUGUAGAAAACCAUUUUUUCUCAUUGAUAUAAAUAGAAUUUUAUCUUUUGGUGACAAAAAUCUUAAACAAGAGUUUCAUAAUGCAGCUCUGCAGCAUUAUGUUCGUACUCAUUUUGGAAAAGUCAGUUAUUGUCCAACUCCUGAGUGUCGUUCUGUCUAUAGAGUUUCAAGCAAAUACGAUGUUAGUUUUCAUUGCCUUGGUUGCUCAAAUGACAUCUGCACAUACUGUCAAACUUUUUCCCACAAAGGAAUGUCUUGCAAGGUUUAUCAAAAUUCGAAAGUUGAUGAGGACUACUCGUUAAAGGUAUGGGUGAAAGAAAACAAAUCAUGUAAACUAUGACCCAAGUGAAAAAUAGCCAUUGAAAAAAACUGAAGGCUGUAUUCACAUAGAAUGUUUGAAUUGCAAAAGCCCCACCUAUGUUGGUUCUGUUUGAAAAUAUUCAAGUCUGAUGAGCUUGUGUAUAUGAUCAUUUACCUUACUGUCGUACAAUUCAGGCAUAGUUAAGGUUACUUGAGCUUUGUCAAAAAACGUUUUUCAUCUGUGAUAUACACAAAAUCUAUAUUUAUUAAUUGUUUCUGUUUUUUUAAGAAUUUAAUCUCUUUUAUAAAUAUUAUUUUGCAUUGUGUUAUACUAAAUUAAUAUUAGGAGUCUAAACUAUUAAAUAAUGAGUUAUAAAAUCAUAUGAAUCAUUAGUUUAAUUCAUUAUUUACACAAAUGUCUGUUUUAUGUUUAUUCAAUUUAGUUAUUAUUUUACAAAAGCUUCGGUUUGCUUUUAGUGUCAUCUUGCUCUAUUUGUUUAUAUUAUAAAGUUUAUUGUAUUUAUAAAUUUUUUAAAUAUACUGAUGAUGUUUAAUCUUGAGUUGAGUUGCAUUCAAGUUGCAUAAAUUAUUUUAUUUUAAAAAAUCCUCAUUUUUCCUUAUAUGUAUCAUUUUUUACAAAAGAAAAAUUAUCAUAUUAUUAGUUAUACUAUUUUAAUUAUACUUAUAUUAGUUAUACCUUUUUUUUCUUCAUUUUUCAUCUAAGCUUACUUCUUGUCAAUAUUGUUCUGUUUUUAGUCAUUGAAUGUAAAGUUUUAUGUAAGUUUUCAUUCAGUUAUAAGUUUAUUCAGUUAUAAAUUAAAAUGUUUUGAAAAAGUUUCAUUUUCAAAUUCUUGCCUUACAUCUUUAAAAUUGCAUUGUAA